AUGGCAGACCCAUCAAUCUACAGCUUCCUCAACCAUCAACGACAACAGUACCCUUCUCCUUCUUCUUCAAAACCCACAAGAAAAAGCUCAACAAGCCUACCCCACCCAUCCUCUUCUCGUCACUUCCCAUGCCUUUUCUGUCCUCGAAGGUUCUACAGUUCACAAGCUCUCGGUGGCCAUCAAAAUGCUCACAAACGUGAAAGAGCGGCUCUACGAAGAAACAACAGCAUCCUCAACACUACCAUCUCAACAGAACCUUCAUUGCUAAUACCUUCAUCAUUUGUUAACCAUAACGGCCACACAGCAGCAGCAAGCCCUCCUGCAGUAUCAUUUUUUAACCAAUACCACCAAUAUCAGGCUCUUGACCACCCCAUGAUGAGUAGCAACCACCACCAGUUUCCAGGAACAUCCAGUACUGCAGGUGUCUAUGUUUCGGUUCCUCAGUAUGGUGGGCUUCAUGGUGGGUCUGCAGCUCCUACUUCUCUUGAUCAUGAUAUUGGCAGUGGUUAUGAUCUUUCAGCAAUUACUGCUCAUAAUGAUGAUCCUAAUGACCCUGCAAAUGUGGACCUUACCCUUCGGUUACGUAAAAGAAAAAGGGGAUCACGGCACAUGGUGUUCCUCGAUCCUUGUAUGUACAUGUGGCCACAGAAGGAGGAGUUGUUGCUAAAAUCAAGUAAGGUGGCUUGA